AGUAAUUCCAAGAACGAAGACCAAAAUUCUUUGACCUAAAUACCCUUUUUUCUCUCAGCGCCCCCAAACCUGUAUUUCCCUUCUCAACCCUGAAACUCUGCCUCUUCUGCCCCUGUAAUACCCCAAUCUUCCACCUCUGACCUCUUUCUCUUCCUUUGCCCUUCUCUUUCUUUUCCGAUUUUCUCCACCCAAUUACCCGCCAAAAUUCCUACCAUUCUCCAUUUUUCAAAUUCUCGUUUUUUCUACCUUCUUUUUCCACUUUCUCCAUUAACGUUUCUCAACUCUCUCUCUCUCUCUCUCUCUCAGUUCCCUACCUCGAUCGGCUUUGUUCUGCUUUCGGACUUGGGUUCCUGGACUUUCUUGUAAUACCCAGUUUCUACUUCCGCAUGAUUUCUUGGUUUCGGGAUGGUUGAGUUCGAAGUUAGGGUUUUUUAAAGUUUCAGGCAUGCUUUGAUGCAGUUCUAAAAGCAGUUUUAUAAUUGAUAGUCAAUUGGAAGUUUCUACUUCAGACUUGGUUGCUGGUGUGUUGUGGGAUAUUGUGAUUGAUUUCUUGAAAUGGCUAACCACGACUUGAUACUUGGGCAAAGUCAUAAUUUAGCGCUUGGGCAGAAUCAGCAGUUGGUACUGGGCCAUAAUCACAACCUUGGUCUUGGCCAGAACCAUGAUUUGGAAUUGGGACAAACUCAUGAGCAUCAUCUGGGAUUGGGUCAAACCCAUGACCAUGAAUUAGGUCUAGGGCAUGCCCAUGAUCAUGAAUUGGGCUUAGGACAGAAUCAUGACCAAGAAGGGGAUGACAGUCACAAUUAUGGGCACGAGUUGGCUAUGGAUCGUAAACCUGAUCAUGAUGACCAUGAGUUGGGUCUUACUGCUCAGAAUAAUGAGUUGGCUUUAUCAGAUAAUAAUGAGUUGGCUGUUUCAGAAAACCCAGAACUGGAUGAUAAUAUUGAACUAGCAGUAGAUGAGAAUCAAGAAAUGGGGAUUGAAUCUGGUGAGGAUAUGGCGGUCCAUGAUUCCCAGCUUGUACUUUCUCCAAGUCAUGUAAUUCAAGCCCGUACCAUUGUCGCAAAUCCUACAUACCAGCUGACUGUGGGGCAAGAGUUCCCUGAUGUCAAGAGCUGUCGUAGAGCCUUGAGGGAUACUGCUAUUGCCUUACACUUUGAAAUGCAGACCAUAAAAUCUGAUAAGACUCGCUUCACUGCCAAAUGUGCUUCUGAGGGAUGUCCAUGGCGAAUUCAUGCUGCUAAACUCCCAGGUGUUCCUACUUUCACGAUCAGGACCAUCCAUGAGUCUCAUACAUGUGGAGGAAUUGCUCAUCUUGGCCAUUCGCAAGCCUCGGUUCAGUGGGUCGCAAACUCUGUGGAGCAACGGCUUAAGGAGAACCCUAAUUACAAGCCAAAGGAGAUACUGGAAGAGAUUCAUCGGGUUCAUGGGAUCACCUUAUCCUACAAGCAAGCCUGGCGAGGCAAGGAGCGUAUAAUGGCUGCUAUGCGUGGGUCCUUCGAAGAAGGGUAUCGCUUGCUUCCACAAUAUUGUGAACAGGUUAAACGGACAAACCCUGGGAGUAUUGCAUCUGUUUAUGGAAACCCAAAUGAUAACUGCUUCCAGCGUCUCUUUAUUUCAUUUCAGGCAUCCAUCUAUGGUUUUCUAAAUGCUUGCCGGCCCCUACUUGGGCUUGAUAGAACAUAUUUGAAGAGUAAAUAUCUGGGUACUUUGCUCCUUGCUACUGGUUUUGAUGGUGAUGGUGCUCUGUUUCCUCUAGCAUUUGGUGUCGUUGAUGAGGAGAAUGAUGACAACUGGAUGUGGUUUCUGUCUGAACUUCAUAACCUGCUUGAGAUUAAUACAGAAAACAUGCCUAGGCUUACAAUCUUGUCAGACAGACAGAAGGGUAUUGUUGAUGGGGUGGAAGCAAAUUUUCCAACUGCUUUUCAUGGAUUUUGCAUGCGUCACUUGAGUGAUAGCUUUCGUAAGGAGUUCAACAAUACAAUGCUUGUUAACCUUUUAUGGGAAGCUGCUCAUGCUCUCACUGUAAUUGAGUUUGAAGCAAAAGUUUUAGAGAUUGAAGAGAUAUCACAAGAUGCUGCUUAUUGGAUUAGAAGAAUUCCUCCUCGCUUGUGGGCUACUGCUUAUUUUGAGGGGACACGGUUUGGGCAUUUGACAGCUAAUAUAGUCGAAGCAUUAAAUUCUUGGAUUUUAGAGGCUUCUGGGCUUCCAAUAAUUCAGAUGAUGGAAUGCAUUAGAAGGCAGCUAAUGACAUGGUUUAAUGAACGUCGGGAAACCAGCAUGCAGUGGACAUCUAUACUUGUACCUUCUGCCGAGAAACGUGUUGCAGAGGCACUAGAACGUGCACGCACUUAUCAGGUUCUUCGUGCUAAUGAAGCAGAAUUUGAAGUUAUAUCUCAUGAAGGAACAAACAUUGUGGACAUUAGGAACCGCUGUUGCCUUUGUCGUGGUUGGCAGCUGUAUGGGUUGCCCUGUGCACAUGCUGUGGCAGCACUUCUCUCUUGCAGACAGAAUGUUCACCGAUUUACUGAGAGCUGCUUUACAGUUGCAACCUAUCGAAAGACAUACUCACAAACAAUUCAUCCGAUUCCAGAUAAAUCUCUCUGGAAGGAGUUACCUGAUGUCGAUCCAAAUUCUAAUAACAAAGCUGUUGAGGUUAUGAUUAACCCACCUAAAUCUCUUCGUCCGCCUGGACGACCAAGAAAGAAACGGGUUAGAGCAGAAGAUCGUGGCAGAGUAAAACGAGUAGUGCAUUGUAGUCGCUGCAAUCAGACAGGCCACUUUAGAACAACUUGUGCAGCGCCUAUAUAACUUGUCUUGUUUGCUGCUGCGUGAUCUGGGUAUUAGCUCUGUGCAAAAGAAUUCUUCCCUUGUGAUUAUUACCUUGUUUUUCUUAGUUAGAUUGAUAAGUAAUUAUCGUAUUUCUUAGAUACGUCUUUAAGCCCAAUUAUCUGCUAUCGUAUAAGCAUGUUCACUCCAAUAAUUCAAUGUUAAGGAGGAAUUCGUGAUUGUAGCAUUCAAUUUCUGGAAAGCGUUAUUUUAGGUA